CUAUGCAAAACUUUAACCUUAACAAAAGAGUGAAAGGUCAAUUGAUUGGAAGUUGCUGGAAUAAUAUGCUAAAUGUGGGUUACAAUGAUCCGUUCAAUGAUCACCACUCAGGCCCAACCUUAUCCGUAAAGACCUAUCGGCUAUCACCAAUUCACCAUCGUCCAUCGCCGAUUUGCCUUGUUCGAGAGCAGAGAUUCGCCGGUCAGCCUUCCUCUUUAUCGCCACUCGCCAGCGCCGAAUCUCCUCGCAGAGUCGUCAGUCGCGACUCUCGGCCACUGGCCAGCGCCGACUCGGCGAAUCCGGAAUCCCUCGCCUGAAAUACUCAAUCGCCGAGAGCCUGAGACGCGGACUCUCUCAAUCCCAAUUGAAUCAGUUUGUAUUACAUUGCAGUUUACAUGGGUAAUGGGUCCAAGUGCAAUUGAGAAAAAGCUUGCUACAAAAGGGAUGAAAUGUGUUUUUUUGCUCUCUACUUUAUUAUCCAAGUGCAAUUUUUUCAGUUUCAUACAUGUCCAUCCCUACAACCCCAUGAGAGCAUGAAGAUUUGAGUUGAAUUGUUAUUUUUAAAUUAAUUGCUACCCUACUCCCCAAUUCCCCAUGAUUUUUUGUUUUGCACAAACUAGACUCGUA